UCACAUCCUUAUAUCGUUUCAGGUGAAGCUCGCCUUACUUCACAAGGAUUAAAUGUGCUGUUUCGUAUACCAUAGACAUGUAACUUUACAGUCCAACUGUGGAAUGGUAGAAACACAAUUUUUUAGAAAGGUAUAAAUUAGCAUAUUAAUCUACAUUUUCGAUUUGAUGAUGAGUGUUGUUCAGGGAAACAAUGCAAGCAAUUCUACAUGGACUUGGACUUCUGUUGAAUGGCAAUGGUGGGAGGUCAUUCAGUUGAUCCUAGCCAUCGCUGGCAUCAUCGGAAACUUCCUGGUGAUGUUGGUACUCUUCCGUGUCAAGAGAAAGUUCUGCUCCACCGAUACCCUGAUCGCUGGGUUGGCUCUGGCCGACUUCUUGACGUCGCUGUUCAUUAUCCCUCACGCCGAAGUGAAGACGCUUCCAGACACCGUAGCAGCGCAGCUUUAUUGUCGGAUCAUACAUUCUUCUGUCGUGAUGUGGAUAUCCAUCUGUGCUUCCAUCUUCACCCUGACCACCAUCUCUAUUGAAAGACUGACCGCUGUCGUUCGUCCGUUUCAUUUCCGGAACAUCUUUUCCCGUAAAAGAACGAUCAUGAUGAUAACCAGCAUCUGGAUCGUGUCACUACUUGUAAACAUCGUAGUAAUGUUCGUGGUGUACUACGAAGGCGGCUCUUGUAAAUUCGGUUACCCGGCGGUAUGGUUCCACAAAUUUACCGGCGUGAUGGUGUUCCUGAUCGAGUAUCUCUUCCCCGUCAUCAUCAUGGUCGUCGCACACGUGUUCAUGAUCUUCACCCUUCGACGACAUCCGCGCACCAAGAGCAAAAGCAAAGAAGCAAACCGCCAUAUCGUCUGGAUGCUUCUCAUGGUCGUCGUCGUCUUCGUCAUUUGCUGGACUCCUGAUCAGCUCUUCUACUUCGCACUCAACAUCGGACUCAUCGACCACACUUAUCUCUACAGCCCACAGUACCGUCUCUACGUUGUCCUUGCCUUCGUCAACUCCUGCGCGAAUCCUAUCAUCUACGCCGCCAGGAACCCGAACUUCAGACAGGCUCUCAAAGAACUCUGCGGAUCGGUUCGAGUUGGCGGCAUCCAACACAUUUUUGUUGAUUUCGAGACCAGAGGGAGCCGAACAAGCGACCGAAUGACAACAAGAACAAGGAUUGAACUAUCAUCAAGUGCUAUGCUUUGAAAAUAUUUUUGCCUAUCUAUCA